CGGAAGUAAUAUUGAGCAGGAGGAGUAGCUGACUGACAUUGAGCUUUCCUAAAGGCGGUGAUUGAACCAUCCCAUAAGAGUUAAAUCUGAGGAAUAAACGGGUCACAAGUUCCUCAUGCUGACUUCGAAGCGAUUGGCUGACGUUGGAUACCGCGUCUUCUCCGGAUCCAUGAUGCUGCUGACUCUGUACGGAGGCUACCUGUGCACCAUGCGUGGCUACCGCUACUGGCAGAGACAGAAGCAGCUCCAACUCGCUGCAGAGAAUCAAAUCAUUGACCAGGAGACAGUCAAGGACUGAUCAUCUGUUAUCAACAUACAGGAACACCUGUCUCUCUUCUGCCUUUAGGGAGGGACAUUUAGAUGAUGAGAUCUCGUCCACUAUGCAUGGCGAAUCUAUAUUUAACUGCACCGUGAAAAUGCUUUAUAUUUUUGAAACUUUGUUUAUGUCAAAUGUAAUAUAGUGAUAAUGUCAAGUGGAAGAAACCAUUAACCGGUUUAUGUUGCUUAUUCAUUAAAAAAAUGGGGUUA